CCGGCCCCGCCCACCCCGUCCAGCGGCGCGAUGGCGGCGGCCGAGCAGGACCGGGAGCUGGACGAGCUGCUGGAGAGCGCCCUCGACGACUUCGAGAAGGCCGCGCCGCCCCCUCCGCCCGGCAGCAGCAGCAGCGGCGGCAGCGCCGUCGAAGCCCCGCCGAGGCCGCCGGGGGAGGCCGCCCAGGACGCGCUGUUCGCCUCGCAGGAGCGCUUCUUCCAGGAGCUGUUCGAGGGCGAGCUGGCCUCGCAGGCCACGGCCGAGUUCGAGCGCGCCAUGCGGGAGCUGGCCCAGGAGGAGCCCCACCUGGUCGAGCAGUUCCAGAAGCUCUCCCAGGCCGCCGGCAGAGUCGGAAGUGACGCCACAUCCCAGCAAGAGUUCACUUCCUGCUUGAAGGAGACCCUCAGCGGCUUGGCCAAGAACGCCAACGACUUGCAGAACUCCACGGCAGCUGAGGAGGAGCUGGCCAAGACCAUGGAGGGACUCUGCCUCGAGGAGGGAGAUGGCGGCGAAGGCAACCUCUUGCCCCUCAUGCAAGGUAUCAUGCGGAACCUCCUCUCGAAAGAUGUGCUUUACCCCUCGCUCAAGGAGAUCACGGACAAAUACCCAGAGUGGCUCCGCAGCCACUGUGACUCUCUGCCAAAGGAGCAGUACGAGAAGUAUCAGGAGCAGCACAGCAUUAUGGGGAAAAUCUGCGAGCAGUUUGAGGCGGAGCGGCCCAGCGACGGUGACACAGAGCACAAGGCCCGCUUUGAGCUGAUCCUGGACCUGAUGCAGCAGCUUCAAGAUCUGGGCCACCCUCCUAAGGAACUUGCUGGGGAAUCGCCGCCUGGUCUGAACUUUGACCUCGAGGGACUGAAUCUGCCCGAUGCAGCCAGUACAGGAGGAGAGCAGUGCCGGAUCAUGUGACCGCCACCCGUGUGGAGUGGAACGUUGCGUCGAGGGAAGGGCUGCACUUUUCUUAAUCACCAGGAUGCUUGAAGCAGGCUGGGCUGACUAACAUGGCCAUUUAUGUUUAAAGAUCCCAAAAGGGUAAUUCUAAGUCUGGGGCUUGCAAGAAAGAGAUGAAAUGAAUGUGAGUGAAUGGGAGGUGCCCUUCCCAGGCCCCACUGCCGUCUCCCGAGUGGGCUGGAAAGGUCUGCACCCCACUCUUGGAUUUUUGUAAAUCAUGCUCAGCAGCACCCAUUUCGGUGUGUGUGCUUCUUGCCCCGCUCUCUGGCCCCUGCUGAGAGCUUAACAAACUGGCCGGACCACUGUUUCCUGACAGGCAAGGCAGGCAGCAGCCAGCAAGGGUGUCCUGCUGUGGGUCUCCAAUGUGGGGCUGGAGGGUUCUGGCCUUGUGUUGGGGGGCUUGCGCCUUUGUAACUCAACUCCCCUUUGCUGCUGAGGACUUUUUGCUUGCCCAAGAGCUCCUGGAUGGCUUCUGUUAGGACCUUGACUAAGCGCUGCCUGUGUCUACUGGGCGAGGCUAAGGCGGAAGCCCGGCAGGCCUAGAUGCUUCCCAGGGAAGGCAUCCUGGAGGGGGGGUCCAGCUUCUCUCUGCCUUUCCUUGCAGCCACUUUCACUGUCCUACCUGGAACACUCCAGGCCGCUGGGCAGAAGGGUUGUGGUUUCCCUGCCUCAGUGUGAGGCUAGAGGCCCCAUCUGUGGCUGCAGCCCAGCUGGGAUAGUUGGAGAGAUGGAGGGAGGGCAGGGGGGGUGAAUUUCCACCUCCUGCCCGUGCUUAAGGGUGGCAGAACUUGAUGGCGUUGGAACUCUUUAUGAAUAAAAUAAAGGUGGAAGUUUAUCCUUUCCAGUA